CAGGACUCCAAAACCCCGCUUCCCGGCUGACAAUGAGCUGAUCGACCGGCUGGAAGAAGGCAUUGCGACCGGAGAAGUAACACAAUCCGCCCGCUGUUUGGCUGCGACCCCCGGACUUUGGAACUGGAAGAUCGUCACGCGAAAAGAAAUCUGGAGAACCCCGACAGAACCAGCGUGACGCCAUUCCAGUCCACCGACGAGAGACGAGACAAAAAGCAAACGAUACGAUGCUGUUAAAAGCCCGCUCAUCCGCCAUUGUUGUCUCCUCCUCGCUCCAGCCAUAACCCUCCACCUCCAAACACUCAAGUCCCAACCCGCAACCUCACCUCACUCACUCCCUCACAAUGCCAAUAAAAUCCCCCUUCGAGUCCUCGAUCGCAAAGCCCGGCCACGGCAAAGUCGUCCUGACGCUCCUCCCACCCUGCAACCCGACCCUCACAACACUAACGUACAAAUACCCACUGAAGCUCCUCACGCGGACGCCGGGCUUCGUCCCACAACCCUCCUCCAGCCUAUCCUCCACCUGUCCCUCACAACCCGUUCACCUCUACCUCCUCACCUACGGCGGCGGCCUGCUGCCGGGCGACCACAUCUCCGUCUCGAUCACCCUCGACCCGCGCACCCGCAUGGUGGUGACCACCCCGCAAGGCAGCACGAAGAUCUUCAAGACCGAGCCGACGGCCAGCCAUCCCUCCACCAGCACCAACACCCUCACGCCCAAGCUCACCUCGGGCUCAAUCCCAACCCUGUCAGACAAAAGCCGCCAAACAGUGGACGUGCAUAUCGGCGCGGACGCCGCGCUCUGCUACCUGCCUGACCCGGCGGUGCCGUACAAAGAUAGUCGAUAUGAGCAAGUGCAGACGUUUACGAUCGACGGGACCGGCAGAAGUAGCAGCAGCAGUGGCGGCAGUCUCUGCAUCCUCGACUGGGUAACGCAGGGUCGAACCUCGCGCGGCGAGAACUGGGAUUUCCAUCUCUGGCGCGGCAAGAAUGAAGUCUGGACGACCGUUCCAGCAGAUCAAGAUCCCACAAGCACAAGAGCAAGCGAGAAGCCAGUCACGAAAAAGAAACUCCUCCUCCGCGACUCCCUGAUUCUGGACUCGGAGAUAGAUCCCUGCAGCAAUAGCAACAGCAGCAGCGGAGCCGGCAGUACCGAAAACCUCAUCCGCAGCCGCACCCACCCGCACGGGAUAAUCGGGACAUUAAUCCUCCACGGGCCGGUCUUCGAACGCCUCGCAUCAUUCAUAUUGGACAAGUUCACCUCGUUACCGCGCAUCGGGGGACGGAAUUGGUCAUCUACGUCCGCAUCCGAGGCAGCGACGGAUGUCUCCCCGACCUACGACUCCCUGGUAACAUUCACGGCGGCGCGGGUGCGAGGCGGAUUCGUGCUGGUGAAGUUCGGGGCGCAGGAUUUCGCAACGGCGAAGGAUUGGUUGGGGGGUGUGUUGAGGGAGGAGGGGACCGUGGGGAGGGAGUUUGGGGAGGAGGCCUUGUUUUGUUUGUGA